AACGUUUGGCGUGUUUCCAUUGUUAGUUGUAACUUCCAUUUCUAUACUUUUGGAUAGUAAAUUCACCAAGAAUAGUCAUGUCGUACAAGGGCGCACAGAAGAUACAAAAGGUGAUGGUUCAACCAAUCAACCUGAUAUUUCGCUAUCUACAAAAUAGAGCUAGAAUUCAAGUCUGGCUGUAUCAGAACAUCACCAUGAGAAUAGAAGGACACAUUAUUGGGUUCGACGAGUAUAUGAACUUGGUGUUAGACGAUGCCGAAGAAGUCCAUAUGAAAACUAAACAGAGGAAGGCAAUUGGCAGAAUAUUAUUAAAAGGAGAAAACAUUACACUGAUAAUGAGCACACAAACAUUACCUGGUUAAUGUAGUUCGUGUAUGUUAUCCAUCUCUAGUGUGUUCUGUGAAAUUGAUUUUAUCUGUUUUUCAUUAGUGCAUAUAAUAAUUCUGAAGUUCAUCAAAUGCUAUUUCAUCUUUGCGUGUUUUACUUUAUUACGAGAACACGUCCAGUUAAGAUUUAGAACACCCCGAAUUUUUGUUAUUCGCGUUGUAAAUAUGUAUUUGAAGUAUCAAUAACAUAAGUGAAAUUAAACAAUGCUA